ACUCUCCGUAUUUCCAUUUAUUGUUUCACGAUUUACUAUUUUUCCAUGUCGAUAUCUUAUCGAUUUCAAUGUUCUGUCCAAUCGUUGAAGAAACAUCUUAAGAAUUGUUCCAUUUUCCGAAAGGAAGAUGUUAAAAAUGAAGCCAAGAAGCCACCAGCAUGUGAUUUUCCUUGCGAAACAUUAAAAACAUUCAGUAGAAUUUAUAUGGGGAUCAGUAACUCAGUUGAUUCUUUGAACUCAGUAUUUGGAUCAAGUGUAUUGCAAAUUAUUAUUCACGUUUAUAUAGAUAUUGUGAUGAAUGCUUCACUUUUAAUAUUGAUGGUGUUAGUAAGGAGAAACAGGAACAACAAAUUUUUGGAAAUUCUGAUGUUCGUUUGCAGGAUAAGCUGGAUGCUUUUAUCUUUUUCCUUGCCUACCAUGUUGGCCAUAUCUUGUGACAGCGCAACGAAGGCAGCUAAAGAAGUGGCAGACAUAUGCACCAAAUACUUGAAUCUCCUACCACUUGCAGCAACUGAUGAGCGCAGCAAAAUACUGAAGGAACAACUGCAUUUAUUGCGUUCCAUGUCGAAUUCUGUUCAACCUUUUUCUGCGGCUGGAUUCUUCACCAUCAAUCAUUCCAUGCUCGGUCUUAUUGUUGGCAGUGUUCCUCCAUAUUUGAUCUUUAUGUUGGAGUGUUUGCAAAAGGAGACAAUAAAUUUUUACGGAAAUGUUACCUCAUCGCAUAAAAAUUGAUGUGAACCAAGCGUGCAACUACCAUAUAAAAUGUUAUUGUUUUCGAAGAUAACGGAUAAUAAUACUUUUGGUCAUGGAGAUCAUUAUAUGGUUGAAAUGUUUCAAUACAUUAAAAUUGAUUCGAAUUAUGAGAUUCGAUGUUUUAAUUGUAAAUGAUAACGUACAAAAAGAGAAAAGGUUUGUUACAUUCUUUAUUGAAUCAUACAAAAUAAAUAAGUAUAAGUAGAA